AUGGCACGGGCUGCAUGUGGUGUGGCUACAGACUACUGGCAUAUUUAUGCAGUGGGCGGUCACAACACUGUAAGUUGCUUGGAGGUAGUUGAAAGCUACGACAUUCAUCGAAAUGAGUGGACCGAUGUGGCACCGAUGAAUGCACGCCGAUGUGGGGUAUCUGUCUCCUUUCUUAAUCGUGGUUCUUUAUACGCUGUCGGAGGAUCAGACGAAACAUCUGUUUUGAACACCGUGGAAAGGCUAGACUCACGAGAGGGUAAAUGGGAGUACGUCUGUCCGAUGUCAACACAACGAAAAUAUUUGGGAACUGCAGUGAUCGAUGACUGCUUGUACGCAGUUGGAGGACGAGAUGGCUCCAACUGCCCACUGAGUUCGGUAGAGAAAUAUGAUCCCACGCAA